GAUUAGAGAGUGGACAAAGCGUGAUUGAGCGCACAGCUCCAUUGAUCAUUAGCCUCCUGGCUGUCUCUCUGGACCCAUCAUGGAGUCUGCAAAGCAGUUAUCAGGCACACUGGCCAUGGCCGUGUUCACAGCCGCUCUGGGCUCCCUGCAGUACGGCUACAGCCUCGGAGUCAUCAACGCGCCACAGAAGGUGAUUGAAAAGCAUUAUGCCCGCUCCCUGGGUGUCUGGACAGAGGAGUCCGCUGUCUUUUCGCAAAACAGCACAGAAGAAGACUUGCCCGAGGUGGGUCAACAUCCGACUGUGGUCAUGUACUGGUCGCUGUCCGUGGCGAUCUUCUCCAUUGGCGGCGUGUUGUCGUCCUUUCUGGUGGGCUUUGUUGGAGACCUGAAAGGAAGGGUAAAAGGCAUGUUAAUGGUCAAUGUUCUGGCAGUUGCUGCUGGACUGCUGAUGGGGCUGUGCAGAAUGUGGAAACCUCACAUUAUGGUCAUCUCAGGCCGUGCUGUCAUGGGCUUUUACUGCGGGUUGACAUCGGGACUCGUGCCCAUGUACAUUGGAGAGAUUGCACCCAAGGCUUACCGAGGGGCUCUGGGAACAUUGCACCAGCUGGCUAUUGUCGUUGGCAUCCUAAUCAGCCAGGUAAUAGGCUUGGACUUUGUGCUCGGUAAUGAUGACAUGUGGCCUCUGUUACUUGGUCUGUCUGGAGCUCCGGCAGUGUUGCAGUCCAUUCUGCUGCCCUUUUGUCCCGAGAGCCCACGUUACCUUUUCAUUAUACUGGGCGAGGAGGAAGAGGCUCGGAUCAGUCUGUGUCGUCUUAAAGGGCAGUACGACACCACCGCAGAUCUCGAGGAAAUGCGGAGAGAGAAAGAGGAGGCUGACAAGGAGCCCAGGGUGUCUCUCCUUUCUUUGAUCCGCUCCUCUGUCUACAGACAGCAGCUGUUCGUUGCCCUCAUGAUGCAUCUCUCGCAACAGUUUUCCGGCAUCAACGGAAUAUUUUACUUCUCUACAGCCAUCUUCACUCAGGCGGGCAUCAGUCAGCCUGUUUAUGCCACUAUAGGAGUUGGGGUCAUCAAUACAGUUUUCACUAUGGUGUCUGUUGCACUAGUGGAUAAGGCGGGCAGACGUUCCCUGACUCUCGUUGGUCUGGGAGGGAUGUGCUGCUGUGCGAUCAUCAUGACAGUGGGCCUCGCUUUCCAGAGUCAGUUCUCGUGGAUGAGCUACGUCAGCAUGUCGGCCAUCUUCCUCUUUGUGGCUUUCUUUGAAAUUGGUCCGGGGCCUAUUCCAUGGUUCAUAGUGGCAGAACUGUUCAGCCAGGGGCCUCGGCCUGCAGCUAUUGCUCUGGCUGGCUGCUGCAACUGGACCAGCAACUUCAUUGUAGGCAUGACCUUCUCUUAUAUACAGGCUUGGCUGGGCUGUUAUGUGUUCAUCAUUUUUGCAGUGCUGCUUCUUGGUUUCACCGUGUUCACGUACCUUCGGGUCCCUGAGACCAAAGGGAAAACGUUUGAGGAGAUCGCCGCCAUCUUCCAGAAGGGACGGAAGGAGCUGGCGGCGAGUCCCAAAGACAUUAGUGAAAUGCAGCAGCUCAAAACAGCCACAGAUGCCUAAUGUGACGGCUGUGUGUGUGUGUGUGUGUGUGUGUGUGUGUGACGGUUUGUCUUUCAGAUGUGAGUGAAUAUCGUGACAGUUUUUUGACGACUACUUGGUUCACAAAUAUUAUGCCACAGUGUUAUGAGAGCUACAGUACACAAAAUCAACUCUAAGUGUCAGGGGCAAACACACUGCAACGACCCAAAGCACAUGCAGGAGGAGAAACGAGCUGCAGAUUCCCAAAACACCAGCAAGUCCCAAAACACUGGCAAAUCCCAAAAGACCAGUGAUACUCAGGGACUACUUAAUUGUUACUUUAUUAAAAGACUUUUAUUAAGAGGUUAUCCUCCUAUAACCCUGCGGUUUUUAUGAUCAGUGUUUCAAUUCGGCAGUAGUUCACUCUGGGCGUAGAAAAGUAUGCUUUUAUUCCAUCUCAAAGUUGAUAAUAAUUUCGUAUCGGGGGGGCGAAUCUGACUUUUAAUUUGAAUUUUUUUCAAACAUUGUACAGUACAACGGGUUUACAAUACACUAUCAGAUAUGUGUCGGAGAGCUUGAUUGCAGUCGGAUAACCUCUAAGUAAAGGUCUUUUAAUAAAGUAACAAUUAAGUAGUCCCGGAGCAUUGUAACGGCUAGUCGUAUAGCUGCACAAAAAAAAAAAUCAUUUUCACCAACUAUGUAAACACACCUGAGCAAAAAGCACUCAAAAUGUUUAAAAUCGGAUUGAAUUUAUAAAAUUUGAAAAUACGAAUAAAUGCAUAAGUUCACAUGGCUGGUGGAGAAAACCACUUAUUAUCACUUAUGGACUGUUUCAUACCCCUUGUGAAAAUGUUUUGGUCCUGUAUUUUUUCUUAUGUGUUUACACCAAUAACAUUUCUUUUUUACUCAAUGACAAAAAGGUUUUUCAGCUGAUCAUGACAAUCUGGCAAAACGGAGGUCAAACAAGGCCGCAGGGAAAGGUCGUCACCGCAAUAGCAUUUUAAUUCAAACAUUUUCUUAGUGGUUUGUCGUUUUUCAUUGUUGUUUUUCUGUAUAUGUAUUGAUGCAAUAAACCUGACAGUGAACAUA